ACCCACCCACACACACACACACAGAGUGCAGUAAGAGUUCAAGCGCGCCAGUGUGCGUUUACUACAAUUAAGGAAAGUAGAAGUGUUCUUUUGGGGGCAGCGUUCUGUUUAUUCAUCCACUUUACUUUUGGUCGGGACGCGGUCGCAGCGAGUGUCAUACUGUUUCUGUUUGCGUCAGCUAAUUAAGGAGAGUGAAAGUGAGACAGAGCUGGAUGCACAGGGUUUUGCAGAGAAAGGGCAGAGUGAAUACAGGAACAGGACCAACUCCACACACCAUGGAGAGAGACGACUCUUUUCAUCUGAAUGACGUCGGGGCUCCACGCUGCGCGUCUGGCAGUAAUCAUGGCAGAAAAGGGAAGAGGACUACGGCGCUACUAUCCCAUGCAGGGGUCCCAUUAGUGGGAUUGAUGUUGUUGGCCACCCUCCCUUUUGUAGCAAGCAUCCAGCAAAGUGUCCCCCGGGUCAAACUCAGCCACAGAGAGCUUCUGCAUGCUGGCAGCGUGUCUCUCUUUCUGGGCCCCUCCGAUGGUCUCCACUCCCACUCGCUGCUGUUGGAUGAGGAGAGAGGCCGUCUUCUUUUCGGGGCUCGGGAUCACAUCUACCUGCUUGACCCUGACAAUCUGGCCCACGCUCCCAGAAAGAUUCACUGGCCUGCUCCCCGGGACCGAGUGGAAAUGUGCAGACUAGCAGGAAAAAAUGCGAAUUUGGAGUGUGCCAACUUUGUCAGGGUCCUCCACAACUACAAUCGAACACACGUCUACGCCUGUGGGACGGGAGCGUUCCAUCCCAGCUGCGCUUUCGUCGAAAUCGCCGGACGCAGAGAGGAUGGUGUGUUCCAGCUUCUUUCUUCUACAGUGGAGUCUGGCAGAUUGAAAUGUCCUUUUGAUCCCCUGCAGUCGUUCACUUCAAUCCUCACAGAUCAGUACCUGUACGCGGGCACUUCUUCGGACUUCCUGGGCAAGGACACGACAUUCACACGCUCCCUCGGCCCUCCACCUGACCAGCACUACAUACGCACAGACAUCUCUGAAGACUACUGGAUCAAUGAGGCCAGGUUUAUAGCCGCUCACCCCAUCGCAGACACCUACAAUCCAGACGAUGAUAAGAUAUACUUCUUCUUCCGGGAGGUGUCUUGGGAAGGCAACGACAAGAGCAUCGUGUCCCGAGUGGCUCGUGUGUGCAAGAAUGAUGUAGGUGGGCUGAGGAGUCUGACCAAUAAAUGGACCACCUUCCUUAAAACCAGACUGGUGUGCUCCAUCCCCGGUCCAGACGGAGUGGACACACACUUUAACGAGCUCCAGGAUGUUUUUCUGCUCCCUACAAGAGAUGAUAAAAACCCUAAAGUGUACGCCGUCUUCACCACCUCAAGCUCUGUUUUCCGCGGGUCAGCGGUGUGUGUGUACAGCAUGAUGGACAUACGGGCUGCAUUCAACGGACCGUACGCCCACAAGGAAGGGCCCGACCACCGAUGGGUUGAAUACGAGGGAAGGAUACCGUACCCGCGACCUGGAACAUGUCCCAGUAAGACCUACGACCCCAGGAUCAAGACCACCAAAGACUUCCCAGAUGAGGUGGUCAGCUUCAUUCGAUUCCACCCUCUCAUGUAUCGCUCGGUCCACCCUCUGACCGGACGGCCUGUGUUCACACGGGUGGACUACACCCUGACUCAGAUCGUGGUGGACAGAGUCAUGGCAGAGGAUGGACAAUAUGAGGUCAUGUUCCUGGGAACAGACGCUGGCUCCAUCCUGAAGGUGGUGAGCAUCACUCAAGAGAACUGGUCGACAGAAGAAGUGGUGCUGGAAGAACUUCAAGUCUUCCAGGCUCCCACCCCCAUCCUCAGUAUGGAGAUGUCUUCAAAACAGCAACAGCUCUACGUGGGUUCAAGUGAAGGUCUUGCCCAGGUGUCACUCAGUAGAUGUCACCUGUACGGUCAGGCCUGUGCUGAAUGCUGCCUGGCACGUGAUCCUUACUGCGCCUGGGAUGGAAACACGUGCUCACGAUACAUCCCUGCAUCGAAAAGGCGAGCCAGAAGACAGGACAUCAAGCACGGAGACCCUGCCAGUCACUGCUGGGACACAGAGGACAGUCUUGUUGGAGGAAAGGAGGAACAAAGAGUCCUAUAUGGGGUACAGAGCAACUCCACCUUCCUGGAGUGCAUCCCCAAAUCUCAACAGGCCCAGAUCCGCUGGUACAAACAGAGACCUGGAUCUGAACGCUUGGAGGAGGUACGGCUGGAUGAUCGCGUGGUGCACACAGCGCGAGGUCUCCUCAUCCGUUCCCUUCACCCCUCUGAUGCCGGCGCGUACGUCUGCAUGGCUCAAGAGCACUCGGACUUCACGCACACCCUCCUCCGCCUCACGCUGCAACUCGUCACGCAAGGACAGCUGGACGGCAGGCCCAAGCCCAGCGAGGACCCCGCGGUGGAGCCGCGCCACGGAGCCGAGUCCCGCCAGCGUUACAAAGAUUACCUGAGGGCGAUGAGCGCUCCCGUCGGCACUCUGGAGGAGUACUGCGACUCGCUCUGGCUGGAGAAGAGGCCGUCCAGGGUGCGGGGGAAAGGUUUAGGAGUGGGCAAGUGGAAGCACAUUCAGGACAUGAAGAAGAGCAGGAACAGGAGACACCACCAGGAGAGGAAGGAUAAUGUGGAAAAGCAAGAAAGGGCGGUGAGGACGGCGGAGGAGUGAAUGAAACAUUUAGGGUUCGCUCUUCAUAACUCCCUAAUGAAGCAGUUGUGUUACAUGACUACGACAUUGCAACGACAAAUCAAUUCAUGAGCUAGCAAAGGCGACAAAGGGCCAAACUAAACUAAAAUAUCACAACUUCAAAAUAAAAGCAUGUUUGCGUACUUGAUAAUUGAGUUUAAUGGGGUUGUGUACAAUUAUUUAAAUCAUAUAUUGAAUCUGUUUAAGCUGGUCUGCUACUGAAGAUAAGCUGAUCAGAUGAAGGACUGCAACAGGAACAUGACUGCUCUCUUCUUAAGUUUUUACUUGCAAAGUUUUAGUCCCAACACACAUGCUUGGUUUAUAGAGGUGACUAGUAGAUUCAAUUGAAACAUAUGGUUUAACUUUGACUUGCAUUGUAACUGCGCGGUUGACCUUUUUUCCGCUACCAUAUUGCUGUAUUUAAAUGUAUUAUUUAAAUAGUGUAUGUAACCCUGAUUAUGUCCAAUGGGUGGCGCUGCUGUACAUAAUGAUCAUUGUCUUAAAACUGUGGAAAAUACCGGUAGUGAGUCGGCGCCGCACAGCUCCUCAGAAAUCUCACAGAACAAGAGCAAAAUUAUUUUCACAUAUCAUUAUAGACCCUCUAACAAAAAUAAAAAAAAUAUAUAUCUACGGUUCCUCAGAAAACUUGGUCGACCGCUCGGUUGAGUUGCCAGUCUACGCAAACGGCCUGGCUCAAGUCGCUAAUUUCUUAUUUUGUUCACCUUUUCUAACCAUUGCUACUCAUUCAAUUUGUUAAAUAAAUUAUUUUAGGUUAUUUUAACAAGUUCUACUCUUUAACAAGUUCUACUCUUUAACAAGUUCUACUCUGUUUAUAUGUGAAAAAAACUAAACAUUUUGUUGCAGAAAUGAAAGAAAUCCAUUCAUGUCCAAAGUAACCCUAAACAGGCAAGUCAACCAGGUGGUUGACCUGCAUAUCUGCUUCCUGAUAAUCUGAAAAAUAUAACCUGAAAAGUUGCUUAAAGGCUUUAUAUGUGAUUUUUCACACUUAAAUAUAAUAUAAAUCAAGUAUAUCCUCUGAAAAUAACUCUGUGAGUCAUGACUGUCUACAAUGGGUGUAACACCCGAGUCCCACUGUCUGUGAUGUUUUCAGAGUUUUCAAAGUCCUAUCUUCAGUUUGUUUACAUCGCCUGGACGGCCGGCUGACUCCUCCCCUCACGUAUAAAAGUUGUUUAAUUGAGGGACUAGAGAAAAGAAGAAUAACAUACUGUACUCACUGCUUAACUGUGUUUCUAGAUCACGCUCAUUUCAGGUAAAUUUACAUGCAGUGUGAAGAUACGAGCAUAAUAAAGAUCGCUAGCAUUAGCAUGCUAACACAACAAUGCAGCGCGAGUUGUUUUGGUUUCAUGCUGGUGCUCAAGGGCGACAUCUGCUGGAUCAAAAAAUCGCAUAUAAAGCCUUUAAUGAAGAGGCAGGAACACAAUUUUACCAACAAAUAAUUUUUUGCAAAUGGAUUUCUUAGUGUGGAAGUCGAAGGGUUUUAAUUGGGUGAGUUGGGUACGAGUUUACUUGCGGGGGAUAAGAAUGCAUUCAUGUUGAAUGACUGUAAAUAUUGUUAUAACCUGUACAGGAGAUACAGCAUGCUCACUUUAGUCUUAUUACUGAUCUGUAUAACUAAGUUGAUAAUCAUGUAUUAUGUUUGUACUAACACAGUGACAUAUUUUUGUACAAAUGUUUCCUCCUAUGUACUGUAGGUUUUUUUUUAGAUGUUUGCUCUAAUUGCUGUUUUUUGAAAAAGUUAUUUAAAUAAAUGUGUCUUGGAGCCUC